CUUGGCGAAAGAAGUUGAAGCAAAAUAACACCGUUUUCUACGGCCAAAAAAGCGAUCCAAAAUGACUGUGAACUUGGAAGAAUAUUUUAGAACUACAUUUGAGGAUAAACUCCUCGUGUAAGUAUCAAAGAGAACCUAAUUGUGGUGAGAUUUAGUGAAAAUUUGACAAUUUGAAGUUCUCACGCGUCUUACAUUUCUAAACUUUUACUUUUUUGUCGUUUCUAGCAAAAUGCCCGAGCGGGAGGACGAUCAUCUUACACCAGCCACUCGGCUUCUAGAAAAGAGACGAGAAAUGUCGGAAGUGGAACAAUCAUUAGGAGCUCAGAAAGAGGUUUUAAUAUUUGGUGGUUUAUUUAAAACUUAGCCUUAAUACUGUACCUUAUUUAAGCUUAUCUAUCCUGGCAAAAUAUGUAGAAAGUAAGAAAAAAAUAAUAAGUCUUAAAUUAUUAAAUAAGUUAGUAUUUGAUAUGCUUAUAUAGGACAAGGUUUAUAUUGUAAAUUGUAAUAUUUGUCUUUCCCUACCAGCAUUUGAAAAUUUGGAAACUAUUAUUUUUAUUAUUAUUUCUAAUAUAUAAUCUAAUAUAAUAAUCUUCGCAUUACUUAUUCAUUUUGCCUUGAGAAUGGUGUCAUGAUUAUACCGAAACGUCGGCUUUUAGCGUUAAUAUUCGCUUGAUUAUUAUUAUUAUUAUUAUUAUUAUUAUUAUUAUUAAUUUUAUAAUCUUUAAAAAUAGCAGUGUACUAAUAGCAAAGUGAAGAAUCUGAAAGAUGAUGGAAGAUUUAUAGGCAAGUUGAUUUCUCCAAGAUUUUUGGCUGCCUGGUUUUUGAUACCUGCAAUUAUCAAAGAAAUGACUGUUGCAAUUCAACUUUUUGAGCCUAGUAUGGAGAUGCCGUAUUUGUGUCUCAUUGAGGGGCGCCAAAAUGGCAGCCUGCAACUAACAGAAACAAUAGCUCCACCUUUUGAACAACCCGGACCAGUUUUUGCGGAUUGUUAGGUUUCAACAGAUACAAUAAUUUGAUAUUUCCAUUUUUGUAGGAAUUUCAAAUGAAAAUGGAAAGUCUUCAACAAAGAGGAGAAGAACUUGAGAGGAAGGAGUUUCAGCUGAAAGAAUCAUUGUUAAAAUUUGAUAAAUUCUUAAAGGUACGUUGUUCAAUCUUAUUUGCUUCUGAAUACGCAAAUAAAUAUUAUAAACUUCAAAACGAUACAAAAUUAAAGUUAAUGAUAUUCAUUUUUUAUUGGCUGUAUAGGAAAACGACUCUAAGAGAGCAAGGGCUCUAAAAAAGGCAGCAGAAGAAAGGGAGAUGAGAAGGGCAAAAGACAGAGAAAUUGCAAGGUAUUGAUUCUUUAGAACAGUUUCUUAACGUUUUUUGUAAAAUUUAUCAAUUGUAUUUUUUAAUAUAGGUUAGUGACAGAAUUCAAAGCUAAGGAAUAUAGAUUAUUAUACAUUGUACUUUUCAUUUAAGGAGAACCAGAAGGCCUUGCCAGUCUUGUGCUGUUGGCCAUUGGCCAAGGCCCAGUUGUUCGAAAGGUGGAUAACUCUAUCCACUGGAUGAAUCUCUAGCCAGUGGAUACAAUAAUAUUGAUUUCCCUAAUACUUCUCCUCUGGAUAGUGAUUUAUCUGGUGGAUAGUGCUACCCAACAUUUGAACAACCAGGCCCAGGUAUUUAAAAGGCUAACUGUACUCUCAUAUAAAGUAUAGCAAUGCAAAAACACCAUGAUCAGGAAUCCAUAACUUAUUUAAGGGCCUGACAUCAGAGAGUCACCUUCAAAACUUGGGUCAAGUCCAGACUGGGUCAAGUCUUUGGAAAUAAAUCUGUAGGCUGUACUGCAACAUCACUCCCUAUGUAAUGUUGUUCGUGUUAUGUGCUAAAAGAAAUAAAAUUUGCUUUCCAGGUUGAAAGAGGAAACAUCAGCUUUAAUGAAAGAGCGUGAUCAUAUUCAGUAUAAGUUAGAAAAGAAUGUCAUUUUUCAACAGUACCUUGAAAAAGUUCUGGAGGCUGCUGAAGAGGUACCAGACUACUAUCCCUACUAUGUACACUAGCUGUUUUUUUAAAGAGGGGAAUUCCCUGAUGUUAUUGUGGAAAUAAAGUUACGCAGGCUGAAAUAAAUAAAUUAAUUUAAAGUACUGGGUUGCUAAUUUGGAAACAAGAAAGUUGUGUGUCUUGGAAACCUUUCAUAUUGUCUCAGAAUUUAGAACUGCUUGUGAGGAGUCUUCAAGACUUGUUGUUGUGUUGUUUGUUAUGAGUCUCACCAGAAAAAUGACCACUUAAUCAAAACUACCAUAAUGUAUAGGUAGUAGUAUUGAAUUUUAUUUUGGAGAGAGCUUUAGUGACAUAGGGAAACCAAACAGUGCAAAAAGUACCCUGAUCAUAUGGAUCUAACCUCAGCAUGGUAAUGCCGUUCUCGUACUGAGAGACUGCUGUUUUUCUCUUCAAGUUUCAGGAAAUCCGUGAAGUGAUAGCUAGAUAUGAUACACUCACAGCAACCCAUCAGGUACUGGCCAGGGUAUAUUUCAUACAAAAUUGAUAAUGCUGACUUGACGAUAAUUAUUAGUUUUAUUUAUAAACAUUUCUUCCUGACUGCAAUAAUGUUUUGACCAUGAGAAUCAUUAAAUGUGCCUAUAAAAUGAGAAUAAUUAUUUCACCUUUUUUAUUAUUGAAAUUAAUUGUUAAAAAAAAACUAUUUUGAUGGUAAAAUCAGGAUUUAGAAUAUUGCACCACAACAUGUUUUCUUGAAAUAGUGCUAAAUGCUGGUUGAGCAGUCUUAUGACAAAAGGAAACAUAGGAGAAAAGUAAAAAAAGCUUGUGUUACCUGAUUCAGUUUGUUGGCAACAUAAAAAAUGAUACAAGUUGUCUUAAAACCAGAUGUUUUUCUUAAUCAGGAUCUAUUAGAAAGGGAAACAAAGAAUCAAGAAAAAUAUGAGAAAGAAAAGGGAAGAUUGGUGAAAUUCACAGAGGUAUGUUUCUUUGUGUCUUGUACUUAAUAUAAUUUUAUGUAAAUUUUGUUGGAAAUAAAUGCAAAACAACUUGCGAAAAAUAUUUAAGACGCUGCAAACUUAAAAUGUAAACAACAAUUAAUUAAUUAUGACUGCUUAUUUUGUUUAACUAAAUCAGCAAAUAAUGUGAGUCAAAUCAUCCGAGGCGGUUGACUUUUAAAAUUCCUUCUUGCAAAUGAACAGAUUUAAGUGACCUAAAGAUUGCCGAUGCCCUAGCAGCAGCCUCGGGAUGGACCCUAGCAUCUUUCUUUUGCUUUUGGGUACCUAGAAAGUGUUAGUUUUUGUAUUAAACUCUGGAUUUCCAAGACUUGUCAUGUCUUUGGUUCCUUAUAGGUUAGCAACUAAAACGGUUUUUCAUUUGUCUUUUUUCUUAUUGUUUUACAAACUAUAAAUAUAGUUUUAGUCUGCAGAUGACAAUAUAUUCUGUACAUAUUUUUGUUUUCAUUUUCAGGAAAAGAACAACGAAAUACUAAACUACAACAACCAGGUAAAAAAAUUUUACAUUAGGACUUAGUUGAACUUCUUCACUACAAGCACUGCAAGUAACUUUUAAAACAAUGAAGAUGAGACCACGGUCUUCUGUUUCACUUUGCGUUCUCACUGUGGACUUCAUGUGGAAGCUAUCCUUGUGUGACAAAACCGAGAAUUCAGAGAGACCAAUGAAAAUUUACCCUGGGUUUUCAAUUAAGCCUUUAAGUUUCAAUAGUGACCAACAGCAAUUUUCUCCUAACGAUGCCCAUACAUUAUCGUGAGAUGAGGUUAUGAGGAUUAAUUAAAUGAUCACCUAAGAGAAAAUACUUUGAUCUUUUAUCAAAUUCUCUUAACUAAUUCUUAAAGGAAAUGUAUAGAGAUCAGUUUGGAGAAUUUGUAUGUGGAUAUUGGGGCUUAAAGGGUUAAGCGGAUGCUAUUGUUUCUUGUCCGAUCAAAGACCUGGAACCAGUUAACUGAAUCUUCUUCUUUCUCUUUGCGUCAGCGGCCAUGUAUCCUCUGUGCAGACAGCUUGUGUGCAUCUUAAAGGUGUUGUUCUCCAAACGCAAGGGAAGCCACAUGAACGCCUUCUUUCUUUGUCGAAUUCUUCUCUCUCUAAUUUAUUCUACAAAGUAAGGCGGUUUCUUGAUGGCGUUUUUGAAAUCAUGAAUAGUCCUGAGGUAUAACUAUACUUACAAAUCGAAUCACGGGUCAGUAUUCUUAAAUCUGUUUCUUUGAUAAAGGCUAUGAAUUCUGGAAGACCCCAGAAUACAUCUUAUCAUGAGUACAGAAUAAGGACAAUCAAACGUACCCUCAUAGGUCUGUAGUAACCACAAGUCAAUGAAAAACGUUUACAUAUAGCGGACCAUGGAAGUAGGUUUUCUUGCGAUAUGUUUUUACACGAACAUUUGAGUGAGGGACUAAGCAAGUGAAGUGAUUCCUCACCAUCAGUAAGCUCUAUCUAUCAUUAAGUUUGUUCUCUGUUUCAACAGUUAGCGCAUUUACAGACCAAACUGGAGCGAGCUCAGAGUGUAGCAGUCAAAUGGGAAUCGCAAUGGACUCACAUACAAAACACCGCCGCUAAGAAAACUCUGCUUUUAGGGAGAAUAAAAAUGUAAGUAAGAAAAAGUGCAUGCCAUAUUAUAUUUGUAAACCUGCAGUAAAAAAAUAAAAACAUGCAUAAUAGAAAAAGUUCCAUAUUUGAAUUCAAUAAAGCGCUUAUCGUUUACAAAUUUGUCACUUUCGAUCUCAGCGCCUUUCUCAAGUUAUAUAUUAAAUGUUUUGUCGUGUUACUUCAUUUACACUCACAUGACAAAAUAUCCUGUGGUACAGUUAAGGUGGAUUUCCACCGUCGCAAGCUCAACUUUCACGUUUACGCUUUCUCGCUCAACUUUCACGUUUACGCGUGGCCUUUCAUACAUUUUCUCCUUUUCAUUUACACGCGUAAAUUUUACGUGUGUUAGCACGGAAAAAUUACGCGACAACGGAAAUCAACCCUUACGCUCGAUUGCCAGCUACUGCUCGGAAAAAUGAACCUGCUCUCAUACCCUCGUCUUCUCUUUGGGGAGGAUCAAAGUCCGCACUUAGGAGACAGCGGAAAUCGAGCCUAGGUACAGUUCGCAACUGAGUUCCUUGUUAAGGGUAAGGGCCUGACACUAACAACACUUUAUGACUUGAUAUUUUUUUUGUGUUUGAUCAUAGGGCAACACAUAAUCUGUUUAUGCUGGUCAACAGACAUCUAAAGCAAAACACCGUAAUAGAAGUCACAGAGAAACAGCUGGAAAAGGUAAAGUUCGUGACGACGUGGUUUACUACAUUUCCUGUUAACAUUACGGCGCUACAAGUUAUUCCAAAAUACAGAUUUGAACCGAAAUGUUCAAACGAAGUUCAAGCGAAAUGUUCACUUAGCUGAAAUUAGUUCUAAACCCCCAGUCAAACAAUCAUCUCGCAAAAUAACGCUUUAAACAGCUCGGGACGGGGAAAAAACAUGACAGAACUAAGUCAACUUUUCGCUUAACUUCGCCGUUCGCUUGAAUAUAUUUUCGGUUGCAAUCUGUAUUUCGGAGUAAACUGUAGCCGCCGUAAUGUUCGUCUGUAUUUCUUCUUUUGAGUACAAAAGACCGAUGCUCUGAUAUUUGCUCAGAUUUCUGCCACACGAGCAGAGGGUGGCCUGCCUGUGGUAAGGUCAUGGUCGAGCCCUUGACAUCUGCGAUACCGGCGCAGCGCUCUGUACCACUUGAGCCAAAGGCUUACCACCCUAAUGAAUGUUCAUCUGUAUUUCUCCUAUUGAGUUCAAAAGACUAAUGCUCAGAUUUCAAUAAUAAGAACGGCCGCAAUGCCUGUGCUUGAGCUGACAAAAAUUAUCUCUAGAAAAUUUCUCCUUUCCCCCCUCUGCCCCCUUAUCCCCGCUCCCCCAAAUGCUUUUCUAUUGAGAGAUAUCGGAGAGUUGCGUAUUACGAGUGAAUUUUCUUUGUUCGUGUUUUUGUUUUCAGAUUCAAGUAUUUAUCCAGGAUCUGACACAAAUCACUAAUGAAAUCAAAAGAGCGGAAACAGCGGCUACUAAUGCCCCAUCAGCAAUGAGCUGAGUAGCAAAGCACUGACCGGCAAACUAGAAUGAUUGUAC